AUGGCAACAGUUAAUGGGUAUCAAGGGAAUACUCCGGUGGCUGCUCCAGCAGGGACUACUCCGUCUAAGCAGACUGUCCCAGCGGCAAGGACUGUUGAUACACAAUCCGUGCUUAAACGGUUGCAAUCUGAACUGAUGGCAUUGAUGAUGAGUGGAGAAUCUGGGAUAUCUGCCUUCCCUGAAGGGGACAACAUAUUUUGCUGGAAAGGAACAAUCGCAGGCAGCAAAGACACAGUGUUUGAAGGAACAGAAUACAAGCUAUCCCUUUCUUUCCCAAAUGACUAUCCUUUCAAGCCUCCAAAAGUAAAGUUUGAAACCAGCUGCUUCCAUCCCAAUGUGGAUGUCUAUGGCAACAUUUGCUUGGACAUUCUUCAGGAUAAAUGGUCAUCUGCCUAUGAUGUGAGGACAAUAUUGAUAUCCAUCCAAAGUCUGCUUGGAGAGCCAAACAUAAGCUCACCUCUAAACACUCAAGCAGCACAACUUUGGAGCAACCAAGAAGAAUAUAGGAAAAUGGUGGAGAAGUUGUACAAGCCUCCAAGCGCUGCUUAG